GGUGGCCGCUGCCGCCGCCGCGGUUUGUCGCCAGAAGGAAGAUGGCGGAUCUGGAGGAGCAGUUGUCUGAUGAAGAGAAGGUGCGUAUAGCAGCAAAAUUCAUCAUUCAUGCCCCUCCUGGAGAAUUUAAUGAGGUUUUUAAUGAUGUUCGGUUACUGCUUAAUAAUGACAAUCUUCUCAGGGAAGGAGCAGCCCAUGCAUUUGCACAGUAUAACUUGGACCAGUUUACUCCAGUAAAAAUUGAAGGUUAUGAAGAUCAGGUAUUGAUAACAGAACAUGGCGACUUGGGAAAUGGAAAGUUUUUGGAUCCAAAGAACAGAAUCUGUUUUAAAUUUGAUCACUUAAGAAAGGAGGCAACUGAUCCAAGACCCUGUGAAGUAGAAAAUGCAGUUGAAUCGUGGAGAACUUCAGUAGAAACUGCUCUGAGAGCUUACGUAAAAGAACAUUACCCGAAUGGAGUCUGCACUGUGUAUGGCAAAAAAAUAGAUGGACAGCAAACCAUUAUUGCAUGCAUAGAAAGCCAUCAGUUCCAAGCAAAAAACUUUUGGAAUGGUCGUUGGAGGUCAGAAUGGAAGUUUACAAUCACUCCUUCAACCACUCAGGUGGUUGGCAUCUUGAAAAUUCAGGUUCAUUAUUAUGAAGAUGGUAAUGUUCAGCUAGUGAGUCAUAAAGAUAUACAAGAUUCCCUAACAGUGUCUAAUGAAGUGCAAACAGCAAAAGAAUUUAUAAAGAUUGUAGAAGCUGCAGAAAAUGAAUACCAGACUGCCAUCAGUGAGAAUUAUCAGACAAUGUCGGACACUACUUUCAAAGCCUUACGUCGACAGUUGCCAGUUACACGCACUAAGAUUGAUUGGAACAAGAUCCUUAGCUACAAGAUUGGCAAAGAGAUGCAGAAUGCAUAAGAUGAACAUUGCAUGACCGGAUCAUUUUAGUGUCUUUGCGUUAAAAAAUUAUUGCAAAAGUAUUCUGAACUGUCAAGCUGCCCAGUCAGAUGGGCUGUUGCCAUUUAAAAUCACUGUAAUUAAUUAGUUUGAUUAGAGCACAAAGCUUAGCUAAUCAACCAUUAUUUUUCAUUUUGUUUGUUCUAAGAGGAUUGAAAUUCAGUUUAGUUUAAAUGUCUUUCUGUUAGGCCUUUCUUUCUUAACAAUGAAGAAGAGAUGAUUCUUCUAGUUUAUGGUUAAAAGUUUUUGAAGUGUGUCAAAAAUAUUUUACUAACUGUAACCCUAAAAUUGUUGUCUUUUGGUUUAUGAAAUGGGUAAUUUUUGAUCUUUCCCCAGUUCUUUUUAAUGGGGUCAAUAAUGGACAUUCUAGUUUAAGGUGGUUGAUGGAUUUAGCCAUAUAUGCUGCUAAAGAAAUUGUCUACCUUUUCUUCCUCACCUGUUCCAUUUAUGUAAGGUUGAGAUUAGAGGGAAAGCAUUUUCUAUAUCAAUUGUGUUUAAACCUUUCAAGAAGGUUAUUUAGCUAGCUUAGUGUUGAACUAAAUUUUUUUUAAACAAGGCAAGGUCUAAUGCUGUUUUGAGAUUCUGAAAUUAAAUGAAAAUACUUAUUUCAGAAAUGCAUUUAAUGCUUUUUUUUCUUGUGACAGUUACGCAAAUCAGCUUGAAUUCCAUAUGUCCCUGAGUUAUUUUUAUCAUAAAGCCACAAAUGUAUUAUAACAAGGCAAAUUGUAAUAUAUAUAAUCCUUAACUCAUAACCAUGUCUCGGUUUUUUUUUUUUUUCUUGGAUUGAAAAGUACUGAAAUUCAAUGUGACAUUAAAAUGCAAAUUUUCCUAUUUA